AGCAGCAGCAGCAGCAGGAGUGGCAGUGGCACUAGCAGUAGCAGUAGCAGUAGCAGUGGUAGUAGCAGUAGCAGCAGAAGUAGUAGUAGCAGCAGCAGCUAUAGUAGUAUGAGUAGUAGCAGCAGUGGCAGUGGCAAUGGCAGUAGCAGUAGCAGUAGUAGUUGUAGCAGUAGUAGCAGCAGCAGCAACAGUAGUAGCAGUAGCAGUAGCAGCAACAACAGCAGCAGCAUCAGUAGUAGUAGCAGUAGCAGCAGCAGCAGCAGUAGUAGUAGUAGUAGUAGUAGUAGGAGUAGUAGUAGGAGUAGAAUUAGGAGCAGUAGCAGUAGUAGCAGUAGCAGCAGCAUCAGUGGUAGUAGGAGUAGCAGUAGCAGCAAUGGCACUGGCACUAGCAAUAGCAAUGGCAGUGGCAGUAGCAGUAGUAGUGGCAGUAGCAGUAGCAGCAGGCGUAGCAAUAGUAGUAGCAGUAGCAGCAAUAGUAGUAGGAGUAGUAGCAGCAGUGGCAGUGGCAGCAGCAGUGGCAGUGGCAGUGGCAGUGGCAGUGGCAGUAGCAGUAGGAGUAGCAGUAGUAGUAGCACCAGCAGCAACAGCAGUAGUAGUAGUAGUAGUAGUAGUAGCAGCAGCAGCAACAGUAGUAGUAGUAGUAGUAGUAGUAGUAGUAGUAGUAGCAGCAGCAGCAGCAGCAGCAGCAGCAGCAGCAGCAGCAGCAGUAGCAGUAGUAGCAGUAGUAGUAGCAGUAGCAGUAGCAGUAGCAGUAGCAGUAGCAGUAGCAGUAGCAGUAGCAGUAGCAGUAGCAGUAGCAGUAGCAGUAGCAGUAGCAGUAGCAGUAGUAGUAGUAGUAGUAGUAGCAGUAGCAGCAGCAGCAGCACCAGUAGUAGGAGUAAUAGCAGCAGUGGCAUUGGCAGUAGCAGUGGCAGUGGCAGUGGCAGUAGUAGUAGCAGUAGUAGCAGUAGCAGCAACAGCAGUGGUAGUGGCAGUAGCAGUAGUAGUAGUAGUGGCAGUAGCAGUAACAGUAGCAGCAGGAGUAGCAGUAGCAGUAACAACAAUAGUAGUAGGAGUAGUAGCAGCAGUGGCAGUGGCAGCAGCAGCAGC